GCCCUGGGUCUCGGCGGGCCCGCGGCCGCCGACUGCGCCGUGCCCGGCCUGCUUCGGGCCGCGAGCGCGAGCGAGGACAAGCACGUGCGCCAGGCGGCCGUGGGCGCGCUGCCGGGGCUGCUGGCGCGAGGGGCCGCCGGGGGCGCCGUGCGCGCCGUGCUGCGGGCGGCGGCGGAGGACCAGGAGUGGGAGGUGCGGCUGGCGGCCGUGGCCGCCCUGCCGAGGCUGCUGGGGCCCGGGGCCGCUGGAGAGGCCCUGCCCGUGCUGCUGCAGGUGGUGACCGAGGACCUGCAGGACGAGGUGCGGCGGGAGGCCAUGGAUGCCCUGUCGAAGCUCGGAGGGGUCGAGGCCGCGGAGCGGGUCAUGCUCAACCUGUCGCGUGCGGUCACCACCCUCCGCGCGUCGGGAGGGGGGGGCACAGCUGCCGUGGUCGGGAGGGAGCAGGGCUUCCGCCAUCUGAGCAGGCUCGCCGAUUUCUUCUGGAAGCUGGAGCCCGCGGCCCUGGAGCCAUUGGUGCCCACUCUGAUGUUAGCACUGAGCGCGGCCCUGCCGUACAUGUCGUCGAGCAGGACAGCACGGCGUGAAGGAGCUGACAUACCAGCGAAGCGGAGUAGUCCUGAGGCGAGUUUUUUUGCGAUCAAGGUCGGUCGUACGCUGGCCAAGGUGGCCUCCGCGGCAGGGCCCGAUGUGCUGGACAUCCUCAGGAAAGCGGAGGAGGUGCCGUACAUGUCACACAAUGCUGUGCUACAUCUGCGGAGCAGCCGCGAGAUCGUGCAGGGGUCCUUGGAGUUGAAGUGCGCCAACCUGUUCAAGAGAGAGUCUGGCAUCGAAUCGGUAGUGGGGAACCUUACAGUCGAGGUCCCCUUCGGCGUCAUGAUGACCUCCGAUGCCCACGGCACGCACGCGCACAAGUGCCCCAAUCCGCACGCCUGCUCGGUGCCCCGCCGCCGGACGAUGAGGCCCGCAGAGGACAGCACCAAGACCGAGACGAUGCGCUGCCCACUGCGGCUUGACGAGCACGACGAGGCCGCCGGAGAGGACCGCCCCAUGUGCGCCAGCGGCUUCGAUCCCGCGACGCCCGGCUGCACAAAGUGCCUUCCAGGCUUCGGGCGCAAGAGCACAGACCCGUUUGCGUGCGAGCGGUGCCGCAGGUCGGGCUCGGCCGAGAAGUGGGCCGCCUGGCUUGCGCAGCCACUGCUUCUCUUCCUCUUGUCGAUGCGCAGUGCGGAGAACGCGGCGGCGUCCAGGGGGAUGGCGGAGGCGCUGGCCAACGACGUGGUGAAGAUCGUUCUCGCCUACCUCUCCAGCAUCAGCGUGGUAGUCUCCUCCGUCACGUCCACUGCUGCCUUCCGCGAGCUGAACGCCACGGACCGCGCCAGGGAGGUGCUGAAACUGACACGGAAGACGGCGCAGCAUGGCGACGUCACCUACUCGUCCAGCAGCGACUGCUCGCUGAUGGACGGGAAGGGCGCCGCGUCCGUGGACAGGCUCCUGGCGCUCUCCCUGCAGCUGCCCGCGUGCGUGCUCGCCAUCGUCGUGCUCCUGCUCGCCGCCCGCGCCUGCUGCCGCGCUGCCCUCUCGGGCGGCACCCUCGGCCUCGAGGAGCUCCGAGCCGAGGUCGCGAGCGGCCUGGUCACGAGCUCGCUGGUGGCCGGCAACCAGUUCCUCCCUGGCGUGGCCUCGGCGUGCAUGCGCGCGCUGCCGUGCUUCCACACGCAGGCGGCCGUCGACGGGCAGGACCUGGUCCAGCUCAUGGUCUACGAUCCCGACGCGGAGUGCCGCGCGAGGUUGCGGCACCUCGCGGCCUGCGGCCCGGCCCUGGCCCUCGCCUUCGCCGCCGGCCCGGGCUACUGGCGGGCGCUGCUGCGCCGCCAGCAGGGCGCGCCCCGGGCCGGGCCCGUGCGCUUCCUGACGGGCUCGUACCGCGCGGGCUUCCACUGGUGGGAGGCGGGGCGCCUCAGCAAGACGAUGCUGAUCGCCUGCUUCGUGACGGCGUCGCCCACCAGCUACUGCCCUCUCCAGUCGGGGGGCUCAAGCGGCCGCCUCUCUCCGAGCCUGGCCGGUGCCAUCCUGGACACGGGAUCGGUGGCUGCGCCUCCCUGGCCAGGUGGUCAGUUGGCGUCCCCCGAUCCAGCAGCUCAUGCUUUGCCUCCUCGUCACCGUCGUCUACAGCUCGUGGCACUGCUUCCACUGCCCGUACAGGCAUCUCGUGCUCAACGUCGCCGAGGCCGGUUCGCUCCUCACGCUCAGCGUCAGCAUGGUGCUCUCGGGGAUACUGGCCGGCAGCGAGUGGUCACUCACCCCUGGCUUCAGGAGCAACAUCGUCGUUGGAAUCGCAGUCGUGUUGAUCCUCUACCUCGUCGGGCUCGCGGGCCUCUGGGUAAAGGUCAAGUUCUUCUGGACCGAGGACGCCGAAGAAGAGGUUCUUGUCGAGGACCCGCGUGAUGAUGGGCAGCCCGAGAGCAAGUGAGCUUCGGGCCUCCUCCUCCUCCUCCUGCUUCUUCUCCGACUCGUCCUGGUCUUCCCGUGCGUAUACCAUGGGCUGUAUCCAGGGGAGCAGGCGCCGAAAGUGCUGCAGGCAAUGGCGGCGAGGAACAGAUGCCGUCCUCUCACCGCCUCCUGCUGCCGAUGCCGCGCGCACGCCCGCGCGCUCGGCGUGGCCGCCGAGCGCCUGCUCGGCCCCAGGGGGGAAGGCCGCCGUAGCCGUCCUCGGCGUCGUCGCCGCCGCCGCCG